AUGGGGUCGAAGCCAAUGAGUCCCAUGAAGACGGGCGUGAGGAGAACGAAGAGGAGGCCAAACUCUCGCAGAAGAUUUUGCAGACCUCAAAAGAGCUCGAGAAGGGUCGUCAAUGGCGGACCAGAGCCGUGUUCUUCACUUGCAGACAAGUUGGAGGUUCUUAAGAACCUGAUACCCUCUUAUAACCAGAGUGGGGAUAUGAAAGCCGACAAGCUGUUUGAAGAAACUGCCGACUACAUUGUUCUUCUACGAACCCAAGUUUCUGUUUUGCAGAAAUUGGUUGAUUUUUAUGGGUCUAGUCAUGAGAUUCAAAACCCUGUAUAG